UAGCGCUGUCACGUAGACCAGCGGCACUGCCGGAUGUUUCACCGCAGCAGCAGCGGCAAUAACAACUGACCGACACCGACGGUAUUUUAAUCAAGUAACCUUGCCAGUGGACACUAAAUCAAGCGGUCAUAAACCACAAUCAUACGGAGGAAACUGAAAAUGCCGCUGGGUGAAGAGAAAAAUGGAAAAUGCGAUGGGUCAAUAUAUGUAAACAAUCCCCACUUGGACUCCAUGACAGAUGACAUCCUUUACCAUUUUAACUUGGGAACAUCAACCCACGAUUUGCCAAAGAUGUUUGGAGAUGUCAAAUUUGUGUGUGUAGGGGGAAGUCCAUGGAGGAUGAAAUCUUUCACUGAAUACAUUGCCAAAGAACUGGGACUGGUGGACCCUAAUGCAGAAUACCCAAAUAUAUGUGCAGGAACUGAUCGUUAUGCCAUGUACAAAGUCGGACCUGUGCUGUCUGUCAGCCAUGGCAUGGGCAUUCCGUCAAUCUCUAUAAUGCUGCAUGAGCUCAUCAAGCUGCUGUAUCAUGCCCGCUGCACCGAUGUCACCGUAGUGCGCAUUGGAACUUCAGGUGGAAUAGGUUUGAAGCCAGGGACUGUAGUGGUUACCAAACAAUCAGUAGAUUCUCUGUUCCAGCCUCGUCUUGAGCAGACCAUUCUGGGUAAACCAGUGGUCAGGAGCACAGAACUCGAUAAGGAACUUGCCGAGGAGCUGCUUCAGUGUGGAAAAGAGCUUGGAGAGUUUGAGAUCGUCAUUGGAAACACAAUGUGCACUCUUGACUUCUAUGAAGGUCAAGCUCGGCUGGAUGGUGCCUUCUGCUCAUACAGUGAAGAAGAUAAACAGAACUAUCUUGCUGAAGCCUAUGCUGCUGGAGUUCGUAAUAUUGAGAUGGAAUCAUCUGUGUUUGCCGCCAUGUGCAAACUGAGCAAUCUUCGAGCUGCGGUUGUGUGUGUAACACUGCUGGACAGGCAGAAAGGAGAUCAGCUGACCAGCUCUCAUGAUGUCUUGAAUAACUACCAGCAGAGACCACAAGCCCUGGUUGGACAUUACAUCAAAAAGAAGCUGAACAUCUCUAAGAAAAGCUAGUUAGAAUAAUAGCUUUCCAAGCCAACAAAGCACUAUGGUGAAGGUAGGGAUCAGUAUGGUGCAGCUUUAUCAAGAGAUGAUUAUAUAAUUAUGAAUAUAUAUAGAAAAGAAAGAAACUUUUAGAAUUUGACUGGUUUUAUAAAAAGUGACCAAAGUUACAGAAAUGCAUUGUCCUACAGGCUAACACAUUUGUGUGAUACUUCAUGAAUGUAAUACCUUAAUUUCCUUGUUUUGAAAUGGUAUGUUUUACCAUUUUACCAAAUUAUUAGCUGCUUUUGCAAUGUCAGGGUGAAUGGUUCUAACAACAGUCAGGUACUGUUCCUUUUUUAAUUCCACAUGAGCUGGGAAUGAUGCGGCAUGAUUGCAAAAUCUUCUCUGCCCAGAAUUAAAGGCAGGGUAAGGCCUCGAUCACACCGAAUGCACUUAUCCGUUUAUUGACUUUUGAAAAGACCAGUGUGUUGGGGUCUCCUUUAUAGAUGUGGCGUAAAACAGGGUGUGAAUGUGCGUACGUUAGUGAUGGCCGUUCACGAAUGAAUUGUUCUUUUUAACCGGAUCUUCUUAGUGAAUCGUUUGAAAUUGUUCACCUCUCCAGUAAGCACUUAUCCACAAGUUACUUACUUUUAAACAUGCCUGAUACCCCUUCUGACUCAAGAUAAACCAAUUUCACGAGUUUUUUCCAGUUAUUAGAAUAGUACACUGAGAUAAGAUUUGAGAACUGGCUAACUGAUAAUACUGCACAUGCAUGAUUCAGCAGGUGGUGAACCAAACACAAGCGGUACACGACAGCCUGUGACUGACACAACAGCACAGUUACCAUCUGAACCAAACUUUUAAACAACUUAUUAUUGCUGCGGCUUAAAUUAGAGGAUCUGGCGAAACAUACGUUUAUUUAAUAACAGAAAAUCGUAAUGGUAUUUAAACAGGAAGUGAACCAUGCUUCAUUUAAGUGUCAAAAUGUAAUUGUAAGAAACGUUUCAGAUUAUGGUGGUGUUUUAACUGACUGAAAUCCUGAUUGCUUACUAUAUAUUUUUCAUAUGUUGAGUUCUAACAUGGGAGGACUGUCAUUACGUCAUUGUGAUGAUUUUGCAACAUUGUAGCGUAAAAAAACGGUUCAUUGAAGCAAAAAAUUAUCAGUUUUUUUGAACCGCUUCAUUGAAACAAACCUUUUAAAAGAUCCGGUUUGCAGAAAACUUCUGCAACUUCCCAUCACUAGUGUAUGCCACUUCCCACGCAAAAGUUAAUCUGUAAAAAAACAAACUUGAUGGGAGGACAUGUGCAGGUGUAAGUAAACAUAUUUAACUUAAGUAUUGACAAAAAUGUAACCACUUUAAAUCAUCAUAUAAGCCAUAAUCAUUAAUAAGUUUAUUAUUAAAUUAUUCAAAUAUUAAAUGUAAAAAUUAUGAACUGUAUCCGAAAUCGCAUACUUUCAUACUAUAUAGUAGGCUAAAACAGUAUGUGAGCUGAAUAGUAUGUCAGAAUUCAUAAAAUUCAAAAAACAGUAUGCAAGAAGUACCUGGAUGACCAACUACUUCCGGCGAGAUUCUAAAGUGUGCAUCUGAUGCACGCUAUACUAUCCCAAGAUGCACUGCGAGAGAAUUCAUAAAUGGGAGGGAAGCAAUGCAACUGAUGUGGGUAGGUCACGUGAUCAUGACAAAAUAUCAGAUGUAGUACAUCUGAGUCUCAUUCAUCCUACUCGAAUUCAUACUGUAUAGAACAUACUUUUUUUUAACGGUCGAGUUGUAAAUUUAAAUUCAAAUGCAGUACCUAUGGUGUAGUUUUAGCGAUUUUUGGAUACAGCCAUGGUAUUUGUUAAUUUUUUGGUCUCGACUCAAAUAUUAUAAAUCAGACCAUUGAGCUUUUUAUGUGGCUGGGCAACCACUAUAUUAAUGUUCUUGGUGCUGGAGCGCAUGACCUUGGGCGCUUUUGAGUUGGCUUUUUUUUUUUCAAUUGCAUGUACGUAAAGCGUUCCGUCCAAAACUCAAGACGCAACAGGCGGUUAGAACGCGAGGCACCUGGUGCACAUAAACAGCAUGCAACAAGCUCACUGACAAAAGAAACCUAUUUAGAAUCUGGGGCGAGGUCAAUGCAGCCUCUAACUGAUCCCUGAGGCUCUAAGCUGGUUGUGUAAAUUCAAAAUUGUUACGAUUGGCAAUGAAAAUUCAGAAAUGUGGUUCAACUGGCUUACUAAGAACCACAGAGAAAAACCCAUUAAAAAAGGCGCCAUUCACAAAAAUGUGUUUUGGUGUGAUUGGUAUCUUAGACAACCAUGUUGAGCGAUGUUGGUAGAGUGCGUGUGCGUGAUAUGGCCACUGACUGCCAAUUGUUUUCCAAAGCAGGCUAAGCUGAAGCACUUUUUCUUUUUUCUUUUAUUUAACUAAUUAAAUGUCAGAUAAAAAAAGAAGUUCUAUAAACAGAAGUAUUUGAUCUUCAUUCAUAUUGUUGUUGAAUGGCACAUUUAUAUUACAUUUCAAAUAGCUCCAUCAUCAGCAUCAGAGUGGAAAAUGAAACCUUGUCCAUGCUGACGGGAACGGUUUCGCAAAGCGGAGCGUUCAGCCUGAUAGUGGAAAAGCAGCUUUUGUUCUUGAUAGUUUGAUUUGUCUCAAAUACCCUAUAUUUAUUAUUAUUUAAAAUGCACUGUAUUAAAACUACUUCUGAUGAAGUAGUUGUUUAAAAGGGAACAAUUUUUAGACAAAAGAUUUAAGCAGUUUUAGCACUACAAAAGGGUCCAGAGAGCAUCUUUAAAUAACACUUAACCUACUUCUACUAUCUUGCUUAUGUUUGUUGCAAUAUGGUUAUGUUACAAACAGAUUGUUUGUAAAUUUCAACUGUAAUACUCACAUAUGUCUUAAAUAUUGCUUGAAAAUUUUCCCUUAAGUUUUGUUUAACAUGCACUUAAUUUUAAUCCUGUAACUGUUUUGUUAUACAGCAUUAUGAGAAAUGAACAGAUUAAAUCAUUUAAAUUAAAAAGUUA